UACUGCUCUCCAAUAGGUCAUUCCCCAACGUAUAGUCAUUGAGUAUUGAUUCAGAUGCACCAUAACACACCUAACCCCUAUAAACCCACGUUCUUGCGGCGCCGCCGUCACCCGCUUGCCAUUUCACACCCUUUUCCAGCCCAAAACGUGACCGUGGAGGAGAUCGUUACCGCCUACAAACUCGCCUGCCAAAAACUGAGCUGCCGCCAGAUCCCCAAACUCCUCAAGCAAAUCGAGGAAUUGAAAGAUCUCGCUCCGCGAAUCGAAUGUCUGGAUCUCAAAGGUGAGGCCUGAACGGGAGAAGCUGGAUACAAAGCCUGCGAAGCGCUCGAGGAGGUUUUCAAGCGGGUCCAGUUCAAAAUCGUGGAUUUGGAGCAAACCAACCUGGAUGAAGACGGCGCCUCAGCCCUUUUCGACAUGAUCGAGUACUACGAGUCGGCCACGCACCUCAACAUCUCCUGCAACAAGCACAUCGGCACGGGGUGGCAAGCGGCCGCGCACAUGAUGAGAAAGACGAGCUGCCUGCAGUACCUGGACGCGCGGAACACGCCGCUGCUGGACCACUCGGCGCCGUUCGUGGCGCGGGCGCUGCGCAUCAGCAGCAGCCUGGCCGUGCUGCACCUGGAGAGCACCAGCCUCUCGGGGUGGCCCCUCAUGCUGCUGGCCACGGCGCUGAAGAUGAACGUGAACCUGCGGGAGCUGUACCUGGCCGACAACAAACUGAACGGGCUGCAGGACUCGGCGCAGCUCGGCAACCUGCUCAAGUUCAACUGCUACAUCCAGAUCCUCGCUCGCAACAACCACAUCCUGGACUCGGGCCUGGCCUACCUGUGCGAGGGGCUGAAGGAGCAGCAGAAGGGGCUGGUGACGCUGGUGCUGUGGAACAACCAGCUGACGCACACCGAGGCGUAUCUGGGCAUGACGCUGCCACACACUCAGAGCCUGGAGACCUUGAACUUGGGCCACAAUCCCAUCGGCAGAGGCGUCCGCAACCUCAAGAACGGGCUGAUCGGCAACCGCUCGGUGCUGCGCCUGGGCUUGGCCUCCACCAAACUCACCUGCGAAGGCGCGGUGGCGGUGGCCGAAUUCAUCGCCGAGAGCCCCCGGUUGUUGCGGUUGGACCUGCGGGAGAACGAGAUCAAGACGGGGGGGCUGAUGGCGCUGUCGCUGGCACUCAAGGUCAAUCACUCGCUGCUGCGCCUCGACCUGGACCGCGAGCCCAAGAAGGAGGCGGUGAAAAGCUUCUUGGAGACCCAGAAAGCUCUUCUGGCCGAGAUCCAGAACGGCUGCAAACGCAACUUCGUGCUGGCGCGCGAGCGGGAGGAGCAGCAGCUGCAGCACUCGGCCUCCAUGCCCGAGAUCACCCACGAGGACAAGGACGAGGGGCCAACCGAGGCCACCGCCGAGGGGACCGAACCCGCCGCCAAUGGGGACAGUGACAACGGUGACAACGACGGUGACAACGACGGUGACAACGGCACGGACUCCGACUCGGACACGGACGAUGAGGCGGACGCUGUGGUGGCAAAGGACUCAAGCGAAGCCGCGGAACGCACCGAUGUCACCGCGCCGGGGCCACCGCGCGAGCGGCCGUGUCCCCUCCCCGUCGCCGAACAGGGGGGUCCCGCUUCACCCCAAUGCGCCGAGCGCAGGAUUUCGGUCUCCAGCCCCGGCCGAGGCCACAAAAUCUUCGUGGUGACGCGGGUGGAAACUUUACCGGAGCCCCCGAACCCCGAAACGCCGGCGAACGGGGCCCCCGUGUCCCACUCCGACCCCCCUCUACCCAACGGCCUCAAGCCGGAUUUCGCGCGGGCGCUGCCGGACGCCGACGGCAAAGCCGGGAGCUGCGCCGCGCAGCACGAGCUGAGCUGCUCCAAGAACGAGCAGGAGCUGGAGGAGCUGCUGAGGGAGGCGGUUCAGGACGCGGGGCAGGAGCCGCUGUGAGCGCAGGUGCCGGAGCGUCCUUGUCCUCCCGCUCCCCGCGCCGCCGGCCGAAACCUUCAAAUCACCGUUUUCUGCCCCAAAAACACUUGCCCGCCCCCCCACCCCAUGUCCCCAAAGGCGCCCGAGUUGGCCACGUGUCCCCAUGGCCAGCGAGGGAGGUGACACCGAGGUGACAUCGCGGCGACCCGGCGCCUUCAUCCUGCGGCGAGGAAGAGGAGGGGACACCGAGGGGCCACCGAGGAAGAGGAGGGGACACCGAGGAUGACAAGGGGCCACCGAGGAAGAGGAGGGGACACCGCGGUAAGGUGACACUGGGGGACACCCCACACACUACAGGGACCCGGUGACACGGGGACAAGCGUCCGGCACUACAGAGACCCAGGACCGGCUGGUUAUUUAUUUCCAAUUCUUCUCUUAUUUUGGUUUAUUUGGGGGGUUUUUCGUUCAUUUUCCGUCUCUAUUUAUCAGCAGCUGCAGCGUUACGGGGUGGGGGGGGGUGUCGAGUAGAGGAUGGGGGGUUAAUUAAUUGAUUUAGAGUUAAUUAAGUUAGAAUUAAUUCCUUCGGGGCUUAACCCGCGCCUCAACUCCUCCUCUUGGGCUGCCGGAACGUCCCAAAAACCCAACCAGAACCCCCAAAAAAGCAGCUUUUGGGGGGCCCCCCCCCGGCCGCUUUUCUCAGGGAGGGUUUAGGGGUCCAGCCCGGGGUGGGGGGACGAGGCCGCGGCGCUUUUCUUAAUUAAUUAAGUGCAAUAAAUCGAUCAGGGAGCCGGGGAGGGGGCGGCCGAGGGGGCGGCGCUGACUCUCCUGUCCGGGUCGUCGAUCUGCGGGUGUUCGUGUCGUUUCUUCCCGUCGCGGGGGGGGUUUUUUUGUUAAAAAACCACCGUUUUCUAUUAAAUGAGAUUCUGCAUUCGU